AUGUACAAUUGCUAUCACGAGCCAAAGGUACACGACCAUGAGCUGUACCACUCGCUCAACAGCGCCAACCUGUUCGGGUUGCUCCCACUCGGUUGUAUAGGCAUUAUCUUUAAUGCAUGUGCAUUGAUAUGCCUCUAUCGACCUCCAAAAAUCACCUCCGGAGUUUUCGUCUUUCUAAAAGCUGUGUUGAUCCUCGACCAUUGUCAGUUGUUAGCUACAAUUCUGUAUGCACUACUUCCACAGUUUUGCGAUUCGCAAUAUGCGCCUCAUCAUACCUUUUAUGGGGUUUGUAUGUUGGAACGUCGAUUUUUGAGGGAGACGCUGCCAAAAAUCGUGAUGCUGAUUAAUACAGUGCAUGUCUGGACGAUAGCCGCCCUUUCGGCACAUCGAUAUUGGAAGAUCUCUCGGCCCGUAAAAUCACGCAUGAACGACAUCCCAAGAAGAGCAAAACUUAUUCUGGCCGUGUUGUUUUUAGCCGCUGUGGCGUUCCGAUUGCCGGUUUUUCUUCUCGAGCUUCGCGUCAAGUUGUCCCCAAUGUUGAGAAUUACGACAGAUCCGGAUUGGACGGAGGUCAUCGGCCCUUACCGUAUGAUCUACCAUUCCUUGCUGGACCCAUUUUUCUCUAAUGUGGUCCCCUUCAUUUGGAUGGCCCUGUUUUCAUUAAUGACGCUUCACGAAGUCUUGAAAAGUCGCGACUUCAGCUACAAGCUGAUUGCAACGGAAAUUGGUGGAAGAACGGCGUGCAAUGCAUGUCGAAUCCAAUUUCCGCUUCUACCAGCCCGCCGUAAAUCUGACGUUUUCCGGCAGAAGCAAGAGCAUCGAGCAACCAUUUCAAUCAUUCUGAUGAUUCUCUUCUAUCUGGCAUUCCAUUCUCUACAACUUUAUACGAUUUUCCGGAAAUGGCAUUUGAUUCUGAAUGAUGAAUGCCCGGCUAGAAUCGACUACAUUCUGACGCAAGUGGCCGUGUGGCUAUCAUUGGCUUCGGCUACUGUCAAUGCUUUUGUUUUUAUAGCUUUUACAAAUAAGCUCCGAAAAUACGUGCGCACACUGAUCCGUAAAACUUCAAGAACCCUAUCAAACUCCAGCGACCCUCCACUUUCCCCAAAAACCACUGCAACACUUGUCGUGCAUCAGAAUUCCGAUAACAUUUUCAAUAUA